UCUGUUCGACCGCCUCAACGCCCUACUAGUUAUUAUAAUACUUACCGACUUUGCAACAUACAGACAAUUGCCAAUUAUUGGCUCCACCAUCGUGUGCGCUGCUCACAUGGAUUCGGUUACAGCAGAUGAAUCUCCCCGUCGUCGUCCCUCAGUUGUCCGCGACCGUCCUUCUAGGCCUCCGUUGCCACAUGGACCACGCUUACGCUCCCGCACAAAAAAUUCGCUUGAUAUGAACAGCCCCCCCGGAAGUACUAUCGACGGAGGCUCUCCUGUCACCUCCGCAUUGACGUCGCCUGUUUUCACCUCUUCCUUCCUCCGUUCAGGAUCCCCAAGCGUUCUGGACGAGAGCCAAUCCUUUUUCCUUGAUGCCUCACUCCCACAGCCACAACGGAGGGCUUCUUCACGUGCACGCGCGACAUCAAAUAUUGGUGUUCAAGUUUCACAGAAUCUCACUUCGUUCCCUUCUUCUCCCUCAGUAUCGCCUGCAAGGACACCACCAAUUCAAAAGCAAAAACCUAUGCUCUCCUCAAAGCCAUCAAUAGCGACAUUCCUUCCUCCUCCCCCCCUUGCGCCCCCGCCUGCAAUAUCAUUCGAAUCUACCCCAAUUCCAUGGAAAGGCCUUCCCUACGAGGCCGCCCAAUGGACGUUCACCUCACCCGAACUACAGGAGAUAGUCUCACGUGCUAUCAGGUUGAGCGCAAAAGAGUCCUUCAUACGUCUCCUAUCUCUGCAGGCACUCGACACAGAUAUGAUAAAAGAAGCCGAGCGUCUCGAAGAGGAACGUCUAGCAGCGCAAGUCAAAUGGAGAUUUGAAAUGAACAGACGAACCAUGUUGUUGCAGGCCCUCAACUCAUGUGCCGGUGUGUUCGCCAGCUCGAGGGAAGGCGAUAAAGAUAAUGUAUUGGGAAGUUUGAUAUCUCAGGUCGCAACUUCCAUCGCUUCAUGCGACUCUAUCCUUGCAUCCAUCUUGCAGAUGUCAGACCAACAAUCCCAAAUUUCGAUAGUUCAGCAUCGACAUUGGGCAUCAGCUCUCGGGAUUGCACUUCGCAAGCUGAAUAAGGCAUUCGAGCGUCAGGGAGAAGAGAUGAAACGCGCGGUCAUACGCAUUCAGACGCUCGAGGAUGAGCUCGAGGAGGCCUGGAGAGAAGCGGAGGGUAUGGCUGCUGAGAUUGAUGGGAUGGAGGAGAGCGACGAGGAUGAAGUUGAUGAUAUGGAUGACAACCAAACGCUUGGAGACAUUACCAUCCACACCGAUAUCGCACAAGUCAUGGGUGUCACUGCUAAAGCUGUUGCAUCAAAAGCCACUCUCAUCUCUCAAGUGAAGCACGUAUCAUCUGACGCCAAGUCUGUCAAGUCUGUCAAAUCUGUCAAAUCCUCUCGCAGCAAACGAUCCACCAAAGAUGGCCCGAAUCGGCUUUCGCUUCUACGUUUGCCCAAAGCGUUGCGGACUCCGCCAGCGUCUCAUAUGUCACAAGAUGAUCCGCCACCCAUGCCUGCGCUGCCAGACGCCUUACAAGGAUGCUCGUUCCUUGAUAUGGACACCAGCGGCACGGAGUAUUCUCGUCCGCCAAGAAAACAACUGCCUAACCGUGCUCCGGAGCCGACAGUCUCCCUCCCCGAACCUCCCCAUACAGCAGGCCUUCCUCGAACUACCAUUCCUUCCAUUUGGAUCGACGCCGAUUCUAGCCCCGGUAUGCGACCCAACGGUCUCGAUCGCUCGCAUUCCAUGCAGAUCUUCCCCUCUCUUCGACAGGGAGGGCGCAGAAGCGAUCUCGUGAUGAGCCUAUCACAAUCCGAUCCCAGCAAUUCGCCCUUGUCUGGUGCGAUGGACCGACCACGUCCGACUGUGGACAGGAGGAGCUCUAGCUCACACAAGCUGUCGCAGCUGAUUGAAAGGUCGUCGGGAAUCUCUGCGACUAUUUCUCUGGUGGGAGGUAUUACUCGCGGGGCUUGCCCAGUUACCGGUCAACGGAAGGGUAUCUCUGAGGGCAGGAACCCGCGGCGAGUCGAAACGCCAAGUAGAUAGGCUGGGGACAUGAUCCAUGUCGUCAGUCUAUCUAUGCAUUCUCUGGACAUAAGUCACAUUCCAUUUAUACGCACAUAUGUGCCCUUCUCAUCUACGGAUAUCUUUGAUUAUAGGAAUUCACAUACAUAAUUAAUACCUGCUGUAUAACAUACUGACAUAUAAUUUGUUUUCGCUGUCGC